AUGGCCUCUCAAACUAAUGCUAUACCAAGCAGUUCCGGAAGCAAUUCCUCUUUCACCAAUGCACAUUCUGACGAACGUUUAAUGGUCGCCGUACGAAUCCGUCCUCUAAGCGACAGCAAUGAACCCAACUGUGUACAGGUCCUUUCGAAUCGGACGCUACAUUUCGACGAGGGUAACCGCAACAAGCCGAAGAAGUACAACUACGAUUAUGUGUUUGGCGAAAGCUCAACGCAAGAAGAGGUGUACAAAACAACGACGGCACCUUUGGUGCAGGACGUCCUGAAUGGUUACAACGCGGCGGUGUUUGCCUACGGUGCCACCGGAUCCGGCAAAACUCACACCAUGCUUGGCCCUAACCCGAGAAAAGGUGACCAGGUCGAUAGCGCGACCUCGUACGGUAAAUCGCAGGAAAGUGGACUGAUGAUAAAGGCGGUUGCGGAUAUAUUCAAAUUUAUAGAGGAAUCUGAGAGUGCGGAGAAAUUUAAGAUAACGCUAUCGUACUUGGAAAUUUACAAUGAACUCAUUCGAGAUCUGUUGAAUCCCGGUGGACCGCUGGAAUUGCGUGAGGAUAACAAAGGCAAUCAAUUAGUGACCGGACUGUCGGAAAUAUCAACCGCUUCAAAGCAGGAAGUCAUUCAACUGCUGAUCAAAGGCAACAAGGCUCGUACGGUAGAACCAACGGCAGCUAAUCAGACUUCCUCGCGAAGCCAUGCCCUACUGAGCAUCACGGUGCAAAAUGAAACUUCGAUCGGCACUAAACAAGGCCGAUUAUUUCUAACCGAUCUGGCCGGUUCGGAGCGUGCCAGAAAAACGAAGAACCGUGGUAAACGCCUACAGGAAGGAGCCCACAUCAAUCGAAGCUUGUUAGCUCUGGGAAAUUGCAUCAACGCCUUAGCCGGCGGCGCCAGAUACGUUAAUUAUAGAGAUUCGAAAUUAACUCGCCUUCUGAAAGAGGCCCUAAGCGGACGCUGUAAAACGGUAAUGAUAGCCCAUGUCGCCCCGGAUGCAAAGCACCGGGACGAAACAAAGAACACACUGGUCUACGCGGAUAGGGCUAACCACAUCACAACGAGACUUCAAAAUCCCACGAUUUUAGAGGAAAAUCGUGAACUUCCGAUGGCUCACUAUCAAUCGCUGGUUUCGGAACUGCGCGAAGAAGUAAGCCGACUGCGGGAGAAAAUGCUUUCCGAUCGACCACGAAGUGGUGCGGCCGCACAGCGGCAACAGCAGCAGCAGCACCAGCAGCAGCAAGAUUCCAGCUCCGAUGAGGGUCACGUGAAAAAGGCUGAGCUGAAGUAUUUGCGGGAGCAAAUAGUGCACACUUUUAAGCAGCAAAUGAAGCUGCGGCGACGGCUGCUGGAAGCCGACAGCCAUCUGCUGGGGCUGGAGCUGGAUGCGGAACGGCAGCACAUGGUGAUUUCCCACUGGCAGAGCCGCCAGGGCAAGCUGUACGAUCGGAUGGAUGUCGAGGAGGACUCGGAUUCGGAAGGUAAUUCUGCUUUGCGCUCGGCGUGGAAUGAGUUGUCUGCCAUAGAAAAGGAGGUGAAACGAUACAACGAGAUACGGGUUUCGACUGAGCACGAUUUAGAGGAAUGUCGAAAGAGGGGAGUUACUUUGGAAGAUGAAUUACCGGAGCGAAUCAGUAGCGAUGAAGAACGUGAACUUCUAUCCCUAUUGUGUAGAGUCCAUGAAUUGGAAGCCGAUAAGGUUUCCUUGCAAGCCGAACGGCUGGCUCGUCAAGCGGAACUGAGACGGCGGGAUUUGCAAUUGCUGCGAGCCGAGCGGCAAAGAAGAUUGUGUGAGGAUAUCAUCAGCACGCAGAGAAGAAUAAUCGAAGAGGGAAAAGUAGAGCUUCCAGAGGAUUUACGUGAGCUGUACGCACUCUACCAGCAGGAAAUACAUGCCAGUACGUACAGCAGCGGACGGCACACAGCUGGUCGUGACUACGCAGAGAAUAAAUUGCCACCAAUUUAUUUCCGGGAGCGAGGCAUAAACUCCCCCGGAAGCUCAAGCUCUGGUUCCGAGUGGUGCUCGUCGCCAAUGCCACCGGUCGAUGCUGAAGGCAACGUAAUCAAUCCAGACCGCGUAAUGGGUCCACCGGUUGGCUCUAAGCUUCCCUCGAUCAAUCGGAUCCGCAGCAGCUUUGGCAGCACUCAAAGCACGUCAAGUGAUGAAUGA